AUAUAAUGAAUAGAAUCACAGAGCUUUACAUCUCCUCGUUUGUGUUUGUCGUUUUUUGCUCAGGAUGCCUGUAGAGACACGAUCAAUCAGAAACAGGUCUGCCGUGGGUCGCUUUCCGUCCGUCACUCUCGACUUUAGGGAUGACGCAGACGAAGAGUUAGAAAAAGAAGAGCCAGAAGAAGAAGACAAUAGAAAAAAAGAAAACGGGUGUCGACACUGGCUGGGUAAAAUCUUCCCGUGCUGCUGUCCAAAAAGGACUGACGAUGAUGGCACAGGAACCGUGGAUACGGUCUCCGGUGAGACGGAGGAAGAGGAAGGGGCGAAGCCUGUGAUUGAAGAUCAGGAGCUUAACAAACUCUGCCUGGAGGUGCAAUCGAUCAACCUGAUGAAAAGUAAAUCAAGCGUGAACCGGAAGGAGCACCACACAGACUUGUACCAGAGUGAAAACUUUAUUAUUCGCAGAGGACAGACGUUCCAGAUGUGGAUCACCCUCUCUCGACCCUUUGACCCCAGCAGAGACAAACUUCACCUGGACCUAAAAACAGGCUCUCUGCCAUCCGUGGCGAAGGGAACCCACGUCAUCGUCACGCUGGUGGAGGACCUGGAGGACGGCCGCUGGGAGGCUGCGGUUGUGAAGCAAGAAUACAACAAGAUUAAACUGUCAGUGAAUUCUCCGUCCACCGCCGUCAUCGGCCGAUAUCAACUCACCGUGGAGACGCACUGUCCCAGUGGUCACGCGGUCUCCGAGCACAACCCCGAUAACGACAUCUACAUGCUGUUCAACCCCUGGUGUGAUGAUGACUCAGUGUUCAUGGACUCUGAGGACGAGCGGCAGGAAUACGUCCUGAACGACAUUGGACGGAUGUACUAUGGCACGGAGCAUCAGAUCGGAGUGAGGACGUGGGACUAUGGACAGUUUAAUGAUGGGAUUCUCGCUGCAUGUCUUUUCAUCAUGGAACAAAGUGGAACUCCUCCGUCUGGCUGGGGAGACCCGGUUAACGUGGUGCGAGUCAUCGCAGCCAUGGUAAACUCACGUGAUGACCAAGGCGUCCUGGAGGGAAACUGGUCUGGUGAUUAUUCAAAGGGAACCAGUCCAACAGUGUGGAGUGGGAGCGUGGAAAUCCUUAAUGAAUACCAUAAAAGCAAGGGAACAGCCGUUAAGUACGGACAGUGCUGGAUCUUUGCUGGUGUUGUCACUACAGUUUUACGCUGUUUGGGCAUCCCUAGUCGAAGUGUGACCAACUAUAGCUCAGCUCACGACACAGAUGUCUCCCUGACGACAGAUGUUUACCUGGACGAGAACCUGGACCCGUUAGAACACUUAAACACCGACUCCAUCUGGAACUUCCAUGUUUGGAACGACUGCUGGAUGGCUCGUCCGGACUUACCUGUAGGAAACGGAGGCUGGCAGGCUGUAGACUCCACGCCUCAGGAGACCAGCGAGGGAACCUACCGCUGUGGACCGGCGUCGCUCGCGGCCGUCCGUUACGGACAAGUGUUCCUCAAACACGACGCUCCAUUUGUGUUCGCUGAGGUGAACAGUGAUAAAAUCUACUGGCAGAGGAACACAGACGGGACCUUCUCUAUGAUCUACAGCGAGAAGAAGACGGUCGGCCACUUCAUCAGCACCAAGGCUGUCGGCUCUGACGAGCGCAUGGAUAUCACACACCUCUACAAACACCCUGAAGGCUCAGAGGAGGAACGUAUUGCUGUGGAAACAGCCUGCAGCUAUGGCUCCAAAGCAGCGGCUUACUCCUCCCCCACAGCACAGGAUGUCUCUGUGGAGGUGACCAUGGACGGAGAAGGUCCCAGAAUGGGACAAGAUGCAGAGCUGACCAUCAUUAUGAGAAACAGCAGCUCAGAGGAACGUAAGGUGAUUCUGCACAGCCAGGUGGCCGUCAUGUACUACACUGGAGUCCACAAGGCCACCGUCAGGAGGGACAAGACGGACGUGGACCUGUUGCCCAACGAAAAAAAGAUCUUAGAGUGGACCCUGGACUACAAAGACUACAAAGACCAGCUGAUCGACCAGGCUGCUCUGAUGCUUACUCUGUCAGGCCGCGUCCAAGAGACCCAGCAGGCCCUCGCCACGCAGUUCAGCUUCCGGCUCAGGACCCCAGACCUCACCAUAAAGCCACUGGGGAAGGCCAUGAUCGGAGAAAAGAUGGCAGCAGAGAUUUCAUUCACUAAUCCGCUGCCUCAGGUGCUGAAAAACGUUGUUUUCCACAUGGAGGGACUCGGCCUUCUCACCGCUCGGAAGAUUCAUUACGGAAAUAUCGGCAGUCGGGCGUCCAUCAUUCUGACAGAGCACUUUGUCCCCUCGCUGCCCGGGGCGAGGAAAUUACUGGCAUCUCUGGACUGUAAGCAGCUCACACAAGUUCACGGUGUGAGCGACAUCACGGUGGAGGAGAAGAGUUAACGACACCAAAUACUGACUCUCAUUUCCUCCAGAUGGGCUCUAAAUUUAUUUUUUUAAGACUCAUAAAUAUGAGUGUUUAAAUGUACUACAGUGCUGAAGGAGAAUUCUAAAGCCGCACAUGGAAGGGAAAUGGUGAAGAAAAAUGUACUUAUUUCUCUUUAGAGUAAGCAGUAUGACAUCAAACUCCUUUACAUUUGAAUGCUGAAGAUGUCUUAGAAGAAUGAAAAUGA